CAGAGAGCAGAAAUAGAAGCAGCCAAUCUUGAGAGUCUCAAGCAGGAGUUAAACAUAUCUAUGGAGGAUGCAGAUCGGUGGGUGUGUGAUGUCAAGCAAUGGGCAGCCACUGAGAGACACAGUACUCACAAAAGCCAGGAAGAGCUCCAGAGAGAAAUCGAUGAGAUUAUUUAUUCCAUCCGAAGAAAGAAGCAUGAUCUGUAUCGGCAAAAUGACAGCAACCAAACAAGGCAACGCAAACGGAGGAGACUUGGUGAGCUAAAAAAGACACUCAGAGAGAAGAUAGUGCUGUACAACACCAUUCCUGACUGUGAAGAGAAAAUUGACACCGAAGCAGCAUGCAGUCUCUCUGAUGAUUUUAUUCUGCCUUGGGAAGCACAAGGAGAUGUAGUGAGUCUCCGCUUGAAGAGGCGACUGUUUGACCAAGUCAUGCUGGUCAGGCGCAUGGAUGAGGAGAAGAUGAUAAUUGUAAAGGAGAUGACUCAGCAUUAUCAACAUCUAAAAAAAACUUUGGACAAACUGGACAGUCUCCUUCGGGAGACUAAAGAGGACAUCAAGAUCCAUAAUCCGCCUAGAGAGCUGACCGAAGAGGGACACAGGGGGCUAUACUGCUGCAUCUUACACAAGCGCCACAUUCUGCAGCAAAAACUUGCAGCAGUCACCAGCACCUAUGGCAGUGUCAACACAGACCCUUCCUUCUUUACGCUGGAGGAAGAUGUUGAAGAGGAGAGUGAGGACAACAGCAGUCCAGACCUUUCUGAAGAAGAGUUUUAAAGUUUUAGCACAAACAUUGGAAGCAUUGGAUUCAUCAUCUUCCCAAAAUCAGACUCUUGAAUUUUGCGCACACACACAGACACACUCUCUCUCACACACACU